GUUUAUGAACUUGUUACAGAAGCAGAAAUACGUGAAGCUCAGAGUUCUUUAGCAGUUCAACUUGAGCCACGGGUCAAGAACCUCUUAUCAAAAGCUGAAGAGAUGUUAAAAGAAUUAGAAAAACGCGAGAAUAUGCUCCAGGAGGAG